AAACUUUUUAAGCGUGCCAUUCAGUUUGAAUGGUGACCGCGUUUCUAGGCGGUUGUUUGUUUUCAAAUUUUCGAAUCAUACACGUCGGCGGCGGGCUGAAUGCAAUUCGAAAUUUUCCGAAAUUUCCGAUUUUGAAUUAUAUAUUGAAGUGCGUCCGAAACGAGAAAAGUGCGAAAGUGGAGUAGGCGGUUUUCUCUAUAAAUAAACAUUGAUAGUGAUAUAACUGUUUCACGAUUUUCCGUGCUAAUUGGAUUUAUGGAAUUGGGUAAGCAGCAGCAGCCGCAUACCAACAUUCAGCUCUCGCAUACCCCACCCAGAGCCUAAACCCGCCGUCACUGACCCCCCGCCCGGUCAAAUCAACGCCAAACACGUAGGCAACCGCGUACGCGUCGGCGAUAAAGAAGGCAUCCUCAGGUUCGUCGGAGAAGUGCACUUUUCGAAAGGCAUCUGGUGCGGAAUCGAAUUAAACGAUAAUGUCGGUAAGAACGAUGGCUUCGUCAACGGUAUACGAUACUUCGCGUGUCCCGAUCGUCGCGGAUUGAUGGCGCCACUCGUCAAAGUAUCGCUCAUCAACGGUAGCCGCGAAACCGAGAAUGCCUCAGGUCCGUACUCGAUGCUUUUCAUCGACCCGCACAAAGAAUUGCAUCAAAAACAGUUAGUAACUCAAAGAAACGAUAUCACCAAAAAACUACAUCAAAAUCUAAAAGAUACUUUCAAUAAUUUCACACAAAUCAUCGCUGAUAACGUUAGAAACAUUAAACAACCCCAAGAUACCAAAAAAAGAUCUAGCGAAUUAGAUAUUAAAUCAGAUAACAAUCAAGAGCCAAAAAAACUCAAUUUAGAACUCUUCCCUGUCAAUAAAUCUUGCGAAAAUCUGCCGAAAUAUUCUACGAUAGAAGUAAAAAGGCGGCGAACUUCUAACCCUAAAAUACAAACGCAAGUUUUGAGAAGUCUGAGCGACAGCAUCGAAAAACCAAUAACACUACCACAACUGAAUUUUCUGAGCAACAAAUUAGGAUUAAACGCAUCGACUCCUAGUAAAAACGACGCCAACAGCUCCCUAAGAAAUUCCCGUUUAUCCCUAAUCAAACCAGAAGAAAACUUUAACGUAAGAAUACUAAACAUCAAACAAGAAUCAAUCACCAACGAAGAUGACAGCAGCAAACGAGACUCAUUGGAAUUCGAUGAAUCGCUCGGCAUACUCACCCCAGACGAAAUGUGCACCCAAUUCCUAAACUCACAAACCCGAUCACCUAGCUUCGAGUACGACAAAAGCAUCACCGAUUAUCUAACAGUAAAAAAACUAGAAAUCGACAGUCCAAAAGAUGACAGCUUAGGUUUGAUAGACGAAAGCUUACUAAACCUAACUAUGAACAAGAGCAAAGCGAUCAAAGACGAGCUACAAAGCCCCAAUCUAACCGAUUACAGUCUGGGUAUCAUCGACGAAAACAUACUAUCGAAUCUUACUAUGAAAACCGACACGACUGUAAACAUGGAACUGCCUUUAGAUCUAGAAAAAACCGUACUGACCCGCAUGGAGCAAACACCGUCACCAGAAGAAUUACCGUUAGAUCCAACGCCUCAAGUCGAAAGCGAUCCUAAAACAGAACCAUCAAAAUCUAAAAAUUCGAACAGCUUCAUCAACAGUAUCACCAGCAUUACUAGCUUGGAUACUGGGUAUCAAGGUGAUGGAGAAAUGUCUAGGCCUGCUAGUAGAGGUGCUGAUAACUCACCGCUAACUAGAAGACCUACAGCUAGAGCGCAAUCGAGAAGAAUCGAUCCAAUGACCGAUUCAGACUUCUACACCGAAAGCGACGCAGAUAACCAUGAAGAUAACCCGUUAAGAGGCGAUAGAAGAGCUCAGGUAAUCGACGGUACCUUAUACGGAGUUGAUCCGCAAGCUGCUGCUGACAUCUAUGUAAAUAACAGAGAAAACAUGGACUCCAGCGGGAUUUUCACCGAUAUAGAAAGCAACACUAGGAACGAUGACGAUUUUAACAAUUUAGUACCAGACAUCUCACCAUCAGACACCAGCUCUAAAACUAUAUCGGAAAACAGUCAAAACAACAUCAACCAAAUAAUCGAAAAAACUAUAGAAAAGAAGAUAGACGACGGUAUAGUCCAAAAAGAUAAUCCCAAAAAAAGAAACGCUCCUAGUCCGGGUAUAUCCAGCCCUUCAAGUUUUUCCUCACCCAGACAUACAUCUAAAGAUGACAGUACUGGUUCGGCUAAAAAAUACAAGAUGCCCAAAAGGGAGGUGCCAUCGAAAGUCAAAGCUAUGAUGGAACCUGUCGGUGAUCAAAAUGCCGAGAAAAAAUUGGUGAAAAAAUCUGUCGGGAGAUGGGACGCUGUGAUGAGUAAAAUCAGUAAAAAUGAACAGAACAAAACAAAUUUGAAAGAAGUUAAAUCUAAAGUGUUUAGCAGCGUGAACGUGAAUACGGGUGUGCCUCAAAGGAAGGUGGUAACUAGGAAUACUGGGAACCAGAAGAACCCGAAUAGUAAACUUAUUGCUUCUGCUUCUUCGACUGUCGCGCCACACGCGGAGUUAUCUGGAAAUACUAAGAACUCUAGUUCGUCUCCUGUAAAUCGGAAGAUAUUAAAAACUAGUUCGACAACAUCCAACGUAUUUCACAGGUUAACUUUAUCGGGACCAAAGAAAAAACACCACGAAUUGGUUCCAGAAAAGUCCAAACUUGUGAAAAGCUCGUCAAUAGCUAGUAUCUACACUAUCUAUCAAGAUGCCCAAAAAGGUACAGGAUUCAGACCUAGAUUAAGUCAAGGAUCAUUACUAUCAAAAACGCCUACCAAAGUUUCUUCCUUACAAAAUAGUCCACUCUUUGACAGGCGUAGGAUCAGGAACAGGCCAAACAGCGGUCCUUCACCAAAAACGAUUGCCGGCAGCAAUUUGGAGAGCAGCAUUCACAGUUCGUUGAGCGAUGUCAGCGCUGCGACGUUGCCGCCUACAAGUAAGAAAAUCGGGUCUGCAAAAAAGCGGGCAGAUGUGGUUCAAGUGACACAAGUGUUGACGGCAAACAAGUUACCGCCCAGGAGUCAACAGACCGCAGCGGAAAAUAAGAAGAACACCACUCUAAAUUCUUCUCCCACAGAUGCUAAAGUCAAGAGGACGCUGUUUCCGCCAAAAGAAAAGAAACCAACAGCAAUCAAAGAGUGCACCAGAGGUACAGUUAAAGGGGGUCGCGCGUCGCCGACCGUUCGGCCCCCAGCACAAGUCAGGGCCCCCGUCAAACAGCCGCCAGUCGCCGAAGCACUUGCCGUUCUCGUACAACACCUCGUAUUUGAUGUUCAAGCUUAUCAAGUCCCAACGCUGAAACGACAAGCUGAAAAGUUCCGAUUGGAAGCUGAAAAAUUCAAAUCAGUUUGUAAGCAAUUAGAAGAAGCUUUGGUUCAGGAGAAGAACCAGCACUCCAGAAAUUUAGAGGACGAAAGAUUAAGAUGUCUACAACUAGUCGAGAAGCAUAUGAAUGAAAUAUCAGAACUAAACCAACAUUAUGCAGGCAUAGAACAACGUUUCAUAGCCGACAAAGAUAACACUCGUCAAAACCUAUCCAGGCAGCACGAAGACCAACUGAAUGCGCUCAAAAAAGAUUUCGAGGAAUCCUUGGACAUCCUCCGAGAAGAAAACGAAGCCAUUCGUGAACAAAUUGACGAGAAAAAUGCUGAAAUCGAAAGAGCAAGGUAUGAAAGCAAAAAACUAAAAGAAGACUACGAAACAAAAGAAACUAUCCUCAAAGAGCACAACCAUAAACUAAAACAACAGCUCAGCAAAUUAGAAGAGAAUUUCGAAGACAGACUCAAAGGAUUAGUGGACGAGAACAAAAGAUUUAGGGAGGAGAACGAUAGGUUGCUUAGCUAUGGCGACGAAAAAGGCAUCAGCAUGCAGGAGGUACAAUCCCUUAGGGCGGUGUUGGAAUUGAAACAAAAUGAAGUUUCUGAGUUACGCAGAUCUCUGGCCGAAGCCAUACAAAGAGCCGACGUUUUAGUCGGCGCCGAGGAAAAAGCCAGAGUUUUGAACGCGAGAUGCGAAGAUCUUCAGCUACAGCUCGAAAGAAAGUCUGAUAUGGAAAAAUCCCUGCAACAGGAAAAUAUGAAGCUGCACGAAAGCUUCAAGGAGGAGACCAACCAAAAGAGGAGGCUAUCGCAAUACAACGAAGAAUUGCAAUGGAAGCUCAAACAGAACAAAGAGGUGAUUAACAAAGUGUUAGAGCAGGCCGAAGAGACUGUAUUCAACAGAAAAAUGAUGAGCGCCAGCUUCAACGAGAGGCACAAUGCCACCAGAAUCACUCUCGAGCGAGCCAUGUCCUUUAGGGAACGAAGCUAUUCGAAUAGAUCCAGCAACAAUGGUGACGACAAAUCGAGAAAAUCGUUCAGCUCGACCUUUGACAACGGUGACGAUAUUUCCCCGCCGACUUCGCCGAAAGUGAAAGGCAUCGUCGAGAAAUCGGACUCUGUCAGCUACGUGCUGGAAAUGAACGAAAGUCCCGACGAAGUGGCCAGCAGGAUAGUGCGAAGGAGCUUCAGGAAUUCGACGCCCGCCAAAACAACGCCCACGAAGUCUCCGUCUAAUAAGAGGCCGCGCAUCAGGAACCCUUUGAGCCAGAGUUCGUCGACUAGUGCUAUAUUGAACGCUCCAAAGACUGACUUGGAGAGGCCCCGUUCGGCCAACUCGAGGAACGGCGAUUCGGACAACGACAGCGUCUUCCACUGGACAAACGUCAAGUACGACGAGCGCCAGGAUGAAAGCUACGAAUCGUCCGGUUCCAGCAUGAAACUGGAGGACCACGACCACCUGGACCUCGACGAGGACAAUUUAGACGAUCUUCGGCUACCUGCGCUGCCCAGCGAAUUGGACAGGCGGAACGGAGCCGCGCAGGCGCUGCCCAGUCCCAAGCACCUGGCCGGAGAAGCCAUGAUUUCGGAAAGCAACUCGGAGGACGAGAGCACGAGUUCGUCGCAGUUGUGAGACGAACUAUCCUUUUAAUUUUCGCAUUUUUGUCCGUGUCUGAUGUUGGUUUGUUUCAAUGAAAAUGGGCGUAUUGUAUAUUUACUAAGUGCGAACUUUGCGUGAUUCGUCGCAAGAUGAUUUUUUUAGCUUCGGACUUCUAAAUAUGGCGAAAAGUACGGAUACGUUAUAACAGCAAGUCUGCUAUUUUGAUAUGAGGAUAUAAGGGGGUUAUUUAUACCCAAAAAAGUAUUGGCAGACCUAAAAGUACUUAUAACAUCCAGUUAGAGGAAUAACAUUUAUUUGGAAUAAAAAUCGGUAACUUUUUGGAAUCUUUUUAAUAGUAAAUAAAUUAUUAGCAUUACUGUUAUUACAUAAAUCAGUUGGUACAAAAUCAAAAUAAGGUCAAUUGUUUUUGGCAAUUUAUUUUUUAGUAAAUUGACUUUUAAUUUAUAUUUUAGCGCUUAAGCACCUCUAGGCUUGUAAAUAUGGCGAAAAAUACAGAAACGUUAUAACAAUAAGUCUGUCAUUUUGAUAUGAAGCUAUAAAAAGGUUAUUAAUUCUAAAAAAGAUAUUGGCAGACCUAAAAAUGCUUACAUCAUCGAGGAUUAACAUUAGUUUUGGAAUAAGAAUCAGCAACUUUUUGGGAAAUUUGUUACAAAAUGAGUAAAUAAACAAAUUGUAUAAGAUUCAGCUUUCCUGCUAUAACAAAUUAGUUAGUACAAACUCAAAAACAGUUAACUUGUCUGCCAAUUUAUUUUGUAGCGAAUUGACCUAUAAUUUAUGGUAUUUCAGCACGUCAGGCUUGUAAAAAUGGCAAAAAUACAGAAACGUUAUAACAGCAAGUCUGCCAUUUUAAUAUGAAGAUAUAAAAGGGUUAUUAAUAAUAAAAAAUAUAUUAGCAGACCUAAAAAUACCUGCAUCAUUGAGUUAGAGGAAUAGCAUUUAUUUGGAAAUAAGAAUCAGUACCUAUCUGUAAUUUUUGUGACACAGUGAAUAAAUAAACAAGUUUUAAACAUUUGUUAUAAGAUUCAACUUUGUUGAUAUAACAUAAAUCUGUUGGUACAACUCAAAAACAAGUUAACUUGUCUGACAAUUUAUUUUUUAGCGAAUUGACCAACAAUUUAUGGUAUUUCAGCACGCCAGGCUUGUAAAAAUGGCAAAAAAAUACAGAAACGUUAUAAGAGCAAGUCUGUCAUUUUAAUGUGAAGAUAUAAAAGGGUUAUUAAUACUAAAAAAGUUAUUGGCAGACUUUAAAAAUAGCUACAUCAUUGAAUUAGAGCAUUUGUUUUGGAAUAAGAAUCAGUACAUAUCUAUAAUAUUUGUGACACAACGAAUAAAUAAACAAGUUUUAAACAUUUGUUAUAAGGUUCAACUUGUCUGACAAUUAAUUUUUUAGCAAAUUGACCUACAAUUUAUGGUAUUUCAGCACGUCAGGCUUGUAAAAAUGGCAAAAAUACAGAAACGUUAUAACAGCAAGUCUGCCAUUUUAAUAUGAAUAUAUAAAAGGGUUAUUAAUAAUAAAAAAUAUAUUAGCAGACCUAAAAAUACCUACAUCAUUGAGUUAGAGGAAUAGCAUUUAUUUGGAAAUAAGAAUCAGUACCUAUCUGUAAUUUUUGUGACACAGUGAAUAAAUAAACAAGUUUUAAACAUUUGUUAUAAGAUUCAACUUUGUUGAUAUAACAUAAAUCAACUCAAAAACCAAGUUAACUUGUCUGGCAAUUUAUUUUUUAGCGAAUUGACUUACAAUUUAUGGUAUUUCAGCACGCCAGGCUUGUAAAAAUGGCAAAAAAUUCAGAAACGUUAUAACAGCAAGUCUGCCAUUUUAAUAUGAAGAUAUAAAAGGGUUAUUAAUACUAAAAAAUAUAUUGGGACAGCUAAAAAUACCUACGUCAUUGAGUAAGAGGAAAAAAUUUGUUUAAAAUAAGAAUAAAUACCAUGCUGGACUAUUUUUAAAACUAAACCAAUUUGCCUGGCAAUUUAUUUUUUACUAUUAAUUGUUAUUCUUUAUAUAUCAUCAAAAUAACAGACUUGUUGAUGUGAUAAUUUGACCUCCUUGCUUUUUUGACUGAUUGGAGAUUUAGAAGCCUCGCGGUGUUAAAAAUCAUCUUGUUCACAAUUACUUUACUUUAGCUAUUUUUAUUGGAAUAUUUUUUAUAUUUUGAUAAUUAUUAUGUAAAUUUAGUACUUUUUAUAAAUGAUUUUUAUUUGAAAACCGAUAUUUUUUUAACUUGUUUCUUCUGUUGUUAUCACUGUUUGUUUAUUAUUAAUUAUUAUUAAGAUUGAUAGGAGGUGGGAUACGUUUUAAUGGACUUUUUGUGAUGGCUGGGAUUGUUGGUGGGACAUAAUUUACAGAUCAAAAACUUCUUAUUGAGUUUGGAAUGUGUUAAUGUACACAUCAACAUUACCUUCAUUUUCUACGUUGAAUUUUCUUCAUAGCUUCUGAUUUGUAUCCGGUACCAAAGAAACGUCGGUCUGAAGUUAGUGAAGGGUUGAAAACUUAGCUAAAUAUCGGUAAAAUAGAUAACAUACUUUACGACAACUCUGAAGUUGCUGCAUUGUUAAACUAAACUGUGGACAUGUUGUUUUUUAAUGGGAAGACCCUUUUUACGAGUUUUUCAUGGUGUAAGAACCGUAGAGUCGAUAUCAAGCUGUCAUACGUCAUAUAUCAAUUGAUCACAAAGCACAAGUUACGCAUCAAACUAAAUUUGAUGGUUAAUUUUACAAAUAUUGCGAAGUGUAAUCUGUAAAUUAGCCCUGCUGCCACUUCGGUGCAAAAUGAAAGAGUCUUACAAUACUUUUAAUACUAAAAAGCUUAAACUGAUGGUAUUAAAUUAGUGACUUUUUAGAAAAGGAACAUAAACUAGUUGACUCAUUUUUUUCAUAAAUUUUUGGCAUAUUGUCAUUAAUAAUUGUUUCGGAAAAGAAAACUUAGAUGUUGAAACAUUCAAAACUGUUUUUUUCAUACGCUAUAUCUCGAAUUAGAAAAGUAAUUUAGCUGAAAAUUGCUUAGAGAUCGUGUGAUCCGGCCUUUAAGCAGGAAACUUGGCUGGGUAGAAAUAUUAACAGACUGAUCAACUUAAAUGAUGUCUUUAAGGAAUCAGAUUGGUGUAGUAAGUCAAAUGUUUAUUCUACUGAGAAUCCUGAAAUAUUUAAACGAUAAUAUGCGGCUAGUAGGACCAAAUGUGAUAUUAUUUGAUCAAAAUAGGGACUGUGCAGUAGUUAAGCGUUGAUAAAAUGGAAUAAUGGUUGUUUGACUUGCCCUACUUCUGAUUCUAAUUGGCUCAUAUAAAAAAGAUCAAUAGUAAUGUUUCAAUUAGUUGACAUUCACCUUUAUGUCUUCGUCUACAGGGUGAUUGGUCCUUUUUUGUCUUUUUUUUUUUUAAUCAACCGGAGGUUAUAGUACGUCAGUGAUCCUUAUCUUUGUUAUUUUUUUAAAUGGAUCAUUUACUGUCAUACUUUCUCUGUUGGAAAAUAAAGGGCAAAUUUCAACACCCUGUACAAUUAUUAAACGGAGAAAACGAGGAAAAAAUUCCAAAAUUUCGAGUAGAGUAAUUAUAAUUCAUAUUUUGUUGUGAGAACGUUCUUAUUUUUUACUUAUAAAAAUGUAAAUAUAGUGCUAAUGUUUGAGGUGCGUCUGUUUUUUCUUGAUUACGAAGCCAUUUAUUUUUUCUAUCUUUAAUUUUUAUAGGUUGUGAUUUGUUUAUAGGACACAGGGUGUUUUGAAAGUAACAAUAAGCUUUUUUUAUUUGCGUUUAUAUACAGGGAGGUCGGGAAACAGGUCGUUUUUAAUGAAACGAUUACAUUUUUUUUUUAGAUUUUCUUCAAAAUAAUUUAUUGGUUUUUUAGACCAGUUUACUUUUGGAUAAAUUUAGAAAAUAGUUAAAUCUGGCAAAUUUCCUUUGUUUUCCAAUUUUCUUCAAAUUAUUCUUGUACUAUAUACAUUUUUAAAGAAAUGUUUUACUAAACUGCUUAUAUUUCUUUGUAUGGUUCAUAAAUGUUGAUAUUAAAUAAGUUGUGAAGAGAUUUUUUUUACAAAUAAAAUUAUAGUCCGGGAAAACUAUAUAGAAAAUUAUAUUGAUAUUUCUCAUAUUUGCUUCGAAAGUGCCAUAACUGAAAAUUCACAACUUUUGAGUUAAUAUGAAUGAGAUUAUUAAAAACAAAUCUACAUUAUAUCUCGAUGACACAAACGCCAUCUAGAUGAGUCUUUUCUAAAUCAAGUUAAAAUACUAUUUAUAAUUGUAAGAUCUGAAUUUUUUCCUUAAUAAUUUUUUUCAAACGUUCUUUUACUAAUAUUAGUCCAAGAGAUAUUGAUCUAAAAUUGGAAACCGGGCGAUCUAAUAUUUUAGGGGAGGUUAUUAGCAAAUUUUAAGAUCUGUAGUUCAAAGAAAUGUAUUCCUAACAUCAUUCUUUUGAGAACCGCAUAUAUAUGAUGAAUAAAUGUUCCUGUGCUGAAGAAAUAUCAAAAGAUACAUUUUCAAUGCAAUAUUUGGAAAGCUAUAGUUUUUUAGCAAAUAAAAUUUUAGCAUCCAGCUGUAUUUGAAGUAUAGUCCGGGAAAACUCAAUAAAAAAAGGAAAUCGUUAAAUUCAUAUUGAUAUUCAAAAUUUUCGACUUUUAAUAUUUUUUCGUUGGAACGUUCACAAAUGUUGAUAUUAUGAUAUGAUGCAAAGAGCUUUUUUAAAAAUAAAAUUAUAGUCCGGGAAAACUAAAUAAAAAAUAGGAAAUCACCAAAUUAUAUAGAUUUAUUCAAAACUUUUGAUUUUUAAGAUGGUUUCGUUUACCAAAUUUAUUGUAGUGUUCCUGUACUAAUAUUAGUCCAGGUGAUAAUAAUUUAAAAUUGGAAACUAUUACAUACCUGGCGAUCUGUCAUUUUAGGGGGUGAAUAUUGGCUAGUUCAAAGCAAGGCCCCAAAGGAAUUUUUAAAUAACAAGAGACAUUUUUAUCGAAAAUACAUACCAAAUAUGUUCUGCAUUGAUGAAAUAUCAAAAGAUGAUGUUUUUCAAUGAAAUAUUUAGAAAGCUGUAAUUUUUAUGGAAAAAAAAAUUAGCUAUAUUAUUAGUAUUAGAAUUAUAGUCCGAAGAAACUCAAUAAAAAAAGGAAUCGCCAAAUUGAAAUUAUUCAAAAUUUUGGACUUUUAGUAUUUUUUGUAUAAUGUUCUUGUACUAAUAUUAGUUCAGGUGAUUUUAAUCUAAAAUUGGAAACUAUUAUAUACUGGGCGAUCUGAUAUUUCAGAGAAUGCUUAUAUUUCUUUAAGGAAACCAAAUGUUAGCAUCUAUCUGUAUUAUAAUAAUUAUACUGCGAAGAAACUCAAAAAAGGAAAUCGCCAAAUUAUAUUGAAAUUAUUUAAAAUUUUCGACUUUUAGUAUUUUUUCAUUUGACAAUUUUUUUUAAAUAUUCCUAUACUGAUAUCAGUCCAGGUGAUAUUAAUCUAUAAUUGCAAACUAUUAUGUACUGGGCGAUCUGAUAUUUCAGGAGGUGAAAAUUAACAAAUUUUACGAUUGCUUAAUAGUUCAAAGAAAUGCCCUUAAGGAAUUCUUAACCAACAGAGAACAUUCUUCCCUUAAGAUAAUAUAUAUAACGAUCAAAUGUACUAAUAAAAGGAAAUAUAAGCUCUUUUUAAAUAAAAUUUAAAUCAGGAAAAAGUCAAUAGAAUAUAAGAAAAUCACCAAAUUUUAUUGAUUUAUUUAAAAUUUUUGAUUUUUAGUAUUUUUCGUUUACCACUUUUUUUUUAAAUAUUCUUGUACUAAUAUUAGUCCAGGUGAUAUUACUCUAAAAUUGGAAACCUAAUUUUAAGAUUAAUAGUUCAAAGAAAUGCCUUUAAGGAAUUCUUAACCAACAGAGGACUUUUUUCCCUUAAGAUAAGAUAUAUGACGAUUUAAUGGACUAAUAAAAGGAAAUCAUCACAUCAUGCUGAUAUUUUCAAUUUUUAAAAUUUUUUACCAUUUUUUUGAAAUGUUCCUGUACUAAUAUUAGUCCAGGUAAUAUUAAGCUAAAAUUGGAAACUAUUAUAUAUCGAACGAUCUAAUAUUUCAGGGGUGACAAAUUUUAAGGUAAUAGGUCAAGAAAAGCCCUAAAGGGAUUACUAACUCUUAAGAUGACGAAUAAAUGUUCCUAUGUUGAAGAAGUAUCAAAAGAUACAUUUUUUAAUGUUAUAUUUAGAAAGCCAUAGUUUUUUAGCAAAAAAAUUAGCAUCUAGCUGCAUUUGAAUUAUAGUCCAGUAAAACUAAAAAAAAAAGGAAAUAAAAUUAUAUUUAAAAAAAAAAAUUGAUUUUCAGUAUUUUAAGACUAUUGACUGAAUUAAAAUUGUUAAAUCUAACGAAUUUCUUUUGUUUUCCAAUUAAUCUUCGAAUUAUUCCUGUACUAUUUGAUUAAUGCAAUGUUUUUCUAAGUUGCUUAUAUUUCUCUGUAACGUUCACAAAUAUUGUUUAAGUUAGUGAUUUUUUUAAAUAAAAUUAUAGUCCGAGAAAAUAAAAAAAGGAAAUUGUUACAUUAUAAUUGAUAUUAUAUAUAAAAAAAUAAUUUUUAAAAUUUUUAAUAUAUUCCUGUACUAAUAUUAGUCCAGGUGAUAUUGAUCUAAAAUUUGAAACUAUUAUGUGGGCGAUCUGAUAUUUCAGGGGUGAUUAUGGGCUAAUUUUUAGAUUAAUAGUUCAAAUAAAGGCGCUAAAGGGAUUUUUAACUAACAUAUCAAAUAAGUUUCCGUGUUGAUGAAAUAUUAAAUGAUGAUUUUUCAGUGCCACAUUUAGGAAGCUAUAAUUUUUUGGGAAAAAAAAUCUAGCUGUAUUCGAAUAGUCCAGGAAAAUUCGAUAAAAAAGAAAUCGUUAAAUUAUAUUGAUAUUCCAAAUUUUUGACUUGGUAUUUUUUCGUUAACCAAUUUUUUUUAAAUGUUCCUGUACUAAUAUUAGUCUAGGUGAUAUUGAUCAAAAAUUGGAAAAAUAAUAACCGAUCUAUCUCACGGAUGAUUAAUGGCAAAUUUUAAGAUUAAUGGGUCAUAGGAAUAUUCUAAAAGAUGAUUUUUUUCAAUACCAUGUUUAAAAAGUAGUUUUUUUUUAGAAAACAAAAUUUUUACACUUUACUGUAUUUGAAAUUUUUAAAGGAAUUUCUUUUGUUUCCUAUUUUCUUGAAAUGAUUCUUGUACUAUAUUAUUGAUGAAAUGUUUUACUAAACUGCUUAAAUUUCUUUGUAACUUUCACAAAUGUUGAUAUUGUGUGACUAUGUAAAUAGCUUUUUUUUAAUAAAAUUAUAGUCCGGGAAAAAUCAAUAAAUAAAAGGAAAUCAAAUUAUAUUGAUAUUAUUAUUAUUAGUAGUAGUAUCCAGGUGAUAUUAAUCUAAAAUUUGAAACUAUUAUAUAUCGGACGAUCUGAUUGAUACUUCAGGGGUGAUUAUUGGUAAAGUUUAAAAUUUAUAUUUCAAAGAUAUGCUUUAAAGAGUUUUCUAACCAACAGGGGACAUCUUUCUCUCAAGAAAAUCUCAGAUAUAUGGCGAAAAAAUGUUUCCGUAAAUUUUUCAUUGCCAUACUUAGAGAGCUAUAGUUUUUAUGAAACAAUUAUAGCAUCUAGCUGUAUUCGAAUAAUAGUCCAGGAAAAUUCGAUAAAAAAAGGAAAUAACCAAAUUAUAUUGAUUUAUUCAAAACUUUUAGUAUCUUAGCGUUUGAUCGAUUUUUUUUAAAUGUUUCUCUACUAAUAUUAGUCCAGGUGAUUUUAAUCACAAAUUAGAAACUAUUAUAUACCGGGCGAUCUGAUAUUUAGGGGGUGAUUGUUAUUACCCAUUAUUCCAAUAUUAUGUAAACGUCCUCCUUAUGGUUCUAGGCUUAAUAUUGUUACUUUUUAAAACACCCUGUCCAUUAUAUAUUUCCCUAAUUCCAGUAUUAAUAUGGGUGAAAUGAAAACGAAGAUGUUUUUUUUAGUACAAUGUAUAUCUAUCUCUUUUUUUACCGCUAAACUGUCUAUAAUAAUUAAAUAAAAGUGUAUAUUAAGAUGUUAUAUAUUAUUAUUGUUUUUAUUUGUAUAUCUUGUUAGUGUGGCAUGAUCGAUAAAAAAAUAUUUAUUUAAGAAUUGGUGAUGUAUGUAAUUUAAAUUGUUAGGACCAAAAUAGAUUUCCACGAUUUCAUAUUUAUUGUAUAAAGAGUUGCAGAUGUUUCAAUUAUAAUGAAGUUAAAUAUUGG